AUGGCCGUGGAUCCGAGGCAAGUGCUGGCGGGGGUUUUGACGAUGACGAUGUUCCUCAUGCUCGGGAACAUGAUCAAGCGCGACCACUUCGAUGCUACCCAUCCGAUUGUUCACGAUACAAAUAAAGCUUCAAAGCUUGCUAAUGUCGUGAAAGGGGCGGAUGAGUCUUGGAAGGAGGAUGGCUUCACCUUAAACCCGUGCUGGCAGAAGCCCGUCUUGGAGGAAGCAGAGGAAUCACAAGGGUAUGUUUCUGAUGCAGUAGUGGUUGCAAGAUAUCUACGCGCAACACUUGUAAUCCCAGACAUCAGAGGAAGCAGUCCCGGUGACAAAAGGGACUUUAAGGAUGUCUAUGAUGUUGAGAAAUUCAUAUCAAGCCUAGACGGCGUGGUCAAAGUUGUUAAAUCACAGCCUGCUGGAUUAUCAUCUCGUAAUCUUGCAGUAGUAAAGGUCCCUAAUCGAGUUACCGAAGAGCACAUAGCAGACAACAUUGAACCAUUUUUCAGGACCAAGGGGAAUGUGAGACUCGUCACUUACUUCCCCUCAGUCAACAUGAAAAACAAUAAAGAAAAGACCAACUCAGAUUCUCUCGAAUGCCUGGCGAUGUUUGGGACCUUGGAACCUCAAGCUGAAGUCCGCGAAGUGGUUGACUCGAUUAUCGAUCGCCUGAAAAUUGUCAGUAAGAAGUCAAAAGGGCAGUUUGUGGCCAUUGAUUUGAGGAUUGACAUUUUGGAGAAAAAAGGUUGUCAUGGAAGUGAUGACUCGGGGUCCAAAAGUUGUUAUGGUCCGCAAGAGAUAGCAUUGUUUUUAAAGAAGAUCGGGUUCGAGGAGGAUACUACUUUGUAUGUGACGCAAACAAAAUGGCAUAACAGCCUUGAUGCACUAAAGGACUUCUUCCCAAAAACUUAUACCAAGGACUCCAUAAUGCCCAUGGAGAAAAAGGACAAGUUUCUAAACUCGGACACCUUGGAGUUUGAGAAGGUAAUCGACUACUAUAUUUGCUCCGAGAGUGAUGUUUAUGUUCCAGCCAUAUCAGGCCUGUUUUACGCCAAUGUUGCUGGAAGAAGAAUAGCUUCCGGACGGACUCAAAUACUUGUUCCGGAAAACAUCCCAACUUCUUCCGCGGAUCCUAAGGAUUUCGUAUCGCAUUAUGUUACGAAAAAGAAUCAUUUCGCAUAUUCGUGCUUUUGCUAG